AUGCGCGCGAAACGAUUAAUUGAAGAGAAUUUUUCACGGCAAGAGAUUACCGACCAAUUGGAGGCUGAGAACGACGACGUCCAAGAGAACGGGAUGGUAGUUGAUCAUAAAGGCACCAAGUGCAUCCGGACCAUCGAUCUCUCGGACGUGACGUACUUUAAAGUGCCACGUGAACAGCUGCCGAUGCUGCACGGGGAAGGCGGCGAGACGAUGGGCAAGUUCCAGGAGUACACUGGGACCUACAUCGUCCUCCCGUCGCCCGCGGCAUCAGCAGCCUUCUCGAUGUCGAAUGUACUAACGUUGUCCAUCUAUGAGCUGUGGGCCACUUGGACGCUUUUCUUGUCCAAAUGCAGCAACAAUACGCUUACCAACACCAACAGCAGUACAUGGCCAGCCAAGUUCAUCAAGUAG